GACCCAAAUGCAUAAGUGACCAGUAGUUAAGGGACUUAUUAUUUUAGUUAUAAUUUUAAUUUAGGUUUUAAUAGUGUAAAAUGUUUAAAUAUUAUAUUUAUAUUUUUGUUAUUUUUGGAUAUUUUGAUGCUGUAACGUUACUUCGGCCUCCGCCUCUGAGCACGUCAUCUUGCCCUAACCCUCGCCUCAUGCAUGGCAGAUUGCGGAUGAAACAGCGGGGAAAACUAGUGAGGUUUAUAUGUCUUCCGAGAUAUGAACUAGUUGGGAACCGCUACGCUACCUGUCGAAAUGGAGAGUGGGAUGUGCCAAUACCAGUAUGUGUCAGGUCUGGUUGCAUCGUGCCAACGAUUGACAAUGGUAUUCACAUGGGUAGCUACGAUGACGCCUGGGUUAUCUUCUUCUGCCUACCAGGUCAUAAGCUGAUCGGCUCGGCCGUUUUAUUCUGCGACGGGAACAAAUGGAAUGCAUCAGCCCCGAUGUGUAUUGAUUCUACGGCGCCUCCCAAGCUGAGCUGUGACUUUGAAGAUACCAACUUGUGUGGAUGGACUCAGGAUGAGUUCCACGAUUUUGAUUGGAUAAGGCUGAACAGAAAAACACCCAGUAGCUUCCUAGCAACGGGACCUUCGUAUGACCACACCUAUGGAAAAACAGGAGACGGUUACUACAUGUAUAUCGAGAGUACGUCUAAAUUAGAAAAUGACACAGCACGUCUAAUAUCACCGGUUUACGAUAGCUCAUACGCAAAAAAUGGCUGUUUUUCAUUUUACUACCACAUGUUUGGAGUCAAAACUGGAGGUCUUCGGGUCUAUCAGAAGCCAGAAAAUCUGAGCUUUAGGACUAUAACUACAAUGGACGAGGCUAACAAACGAAAAUACAUCCUCUUCGAGCUGUGGGGCAAUUGGGGUGACGUCUGGUACAACUCUGUUACGAACCUCACAGACUUUUCUGAUAGCUUUCAGAUCGUAAUAGAAGGUAUAAGAGGACCAAGCUUCACAAGUGACAUAGCGAUAGAUGACGUAGCAAUACUCCAGGGAGACGACUGUAUUAAGGCGGCUCAGAACGCUCUCACGCCCGUGCCAUCGUAUGAAGUUAAUGACUCCUGUGCGGGCAGAUGUUUGAAAUUAUACGCCAUUCUUGAAAAUGAACAUGGCUGCGGGUGUACCGCGAUGUGUUUAUCGGACGAUAAUUGUUGCCCAGACUUCUUUGACGAGUGUGUUUUUAAACCAGACCCUUCUACAGACAGCGAUGACAUGGCUACUGUAAACAAUGCAAGUCUUAUCACACCGUUUACGCAAAAGUUGGUUCUUACAACGCCAUCUGCACAAACAGUCUCUAAUAAAUAUAUAAUACAUAAUACACCAACAAUACCUACAACACGAGCAAUAACACCCAUACCCAACCGUACACUUAUCACUGGUCAAAGUCCGAAAUCUGUAACAACCAUAUCAACUACAAAAAUACCUGCUCAGAGGACAACACCCAAAGUCAACUUCAUGCCGACAGUAAAUUUUACAUCCACAAAACUAACAACAUUAACAACACCAAAAACUACAACCCUUCCUUCAACAACAAAACCUACACCUACAACCACAACAGCAAAAUUGACAACAGUAAAAAACAUUACAACUGUGACGAAACAACUGAUAACAACGGUUAAAACGACAAAAAUUACAAAGCCAACAACAAUUAAAUCAACAACCACUAGAAGACUAACAACACCCACGACAAUCAAAGCAACAACAAGGGCAAUAAAAACAAAACCAACUACAAUAACAUCCACAACAUCUACGACAACCCCACAGCAUCGGGUUUCUGUAACGACGCAAAAUCGCAAUGCUCACAAUGAGCUUCUUGAAAAAGCUAAAAAGGAGCAAGAAAUAGAAACGAAGAAACUACUAAAGGGAGAGACCAAAAAACCAAAACCUGGUAGCACUUGGAAGGUGAUAUUAAUACUAGCACUGGUGAUAUCUGGAUUCGUUGGCGUGGUGUGGAUGAAUAUGUUUGUUCGUUCAGCCCGUGGUCGUACCUUGGUGGCCAGGGUCCGGGGUACAGUCACAAACGACCCUGAAGUGCGGUACCUCUCUACUGAUGUUGAUGACGAUUUGUAAUAAAUAAGUAAAUAAACAAAAAA